AAAUAGGAAUGAGACCGAAUCAUUAAACAAUCCCAUCAUUAAAGUGCUGAACAAUACCGAUGAACGGAACAUUAUAAAAUGGUGAAAAUUCGAAUAAUUGUUUUAAUUUGUUUAUUAAACAUAGUUUUGGGCGUGUGUGGUGACAGUUCCGAUGUUGAAAGUAUAGAUGGGGUGCCUAUGAGGCAGGAAAUACUUGGUGCUAUUGGCGAGGAUAACACAGAUCCAAAUCCCAACGAAAAUGGAUUCUAUCCAGAUAACAACAGCUACGCUCCUCCACCAAUACCUGGAGCUUCCAUAACAUACCACAGUCCUUCUGGAAAAUAUAUAACCUACUAUGAUAACAAUUACGAUCCUAUGCGUUCAAAUGUUGCUCCCCCACCCACCGACCAAAGAGGCGGCACUGGUCUGCCAUACACCAUAACAGAAGAUAGGCUCCGGGAUAUACGUUCCCUGUUCCUUUAUCCAUAUUACAACCAGGGUGGUGGAGGGGAUAACGAUGGAGACUACCAAAAACAAAUUCAGGCCUCCACUACAAUUGUCCAUAAAAAUCUGAACUUCCAACUCCCUUUCUUCGGGUUCAGAUACAAUUAUACGCGCGUUUCCCUUAAUGGUUAUUUAGAGUUCAGCGAUCCACCCCCAACCUAUGACAAAUAUCCCUUGACCUUCCCCAUGCCUGGAUGGCCAAAGGUUAACGAUCCGGCCUUUAUCGGUAUUUUCUACAGCAAGUGCCGGAUGGGCUUGCUGAGGGCUGAAGAUAUGGAUAGAAGGAAUCCUGGAGUGUAUUUCAGACUAGAACGGGAUCUCCGGGACAGGAUAGACCAGAUGGGCGUUGAAAUUAGGGAGAGGGUCAAAUGGGACAUCAGGGAAGGAGUAAUAGGAACCGACAGUUUUGAUCCAAAACACGCUAUCAUCGUCACUUGGAAGAAUGUUUCGUUUGCUGGGGGAAUAUCUGACAGUUUGAUGAGGACAAAUACCUUCCAACUGGUUCUUGUGACUGACGAAGUUUUCACGUAUGCCAUAUUCAACUAUCUAAACCUAGGCUGGACAACACAUACCGAAGCGAGGGGAGAUACCACUACAGGAGAAGGUGGUACUCCGGCAUUUGUAGGCUUCAACGCGGGAAAUGGUACCAGAAGUUUCGAAUACAAGCCGUACAGUCAAGAUUCAGUGAUUAGGGAUCUCACCGCGACAGGAUACGCUAAUGGUUUUCCGGGAAGACAUAUAUUCAGAAUAGAUGAAAAUAUUCUGCUGGGUACUUGUAACAAGGAUAUAGAUGCUGGACGCCUGGACCUUAUGUUUGCUCCUGAAAGUGGAAACAUGUUGGGAGGAACUAUUGUUAACAUAACAGGUCCCUGCUUUGAUCCUCAUCAAAAAAUUACUUGUAUUUUUGAUAUCGCUCCUCCUGUGGUCGGUGUUGUGGUCAACAGAAAUCGAGCUAUUUGUGUGCAACCCCCUCUGAUGGCUGAGGGUUGGGUGAGAUUCGAAAUAGCUGUUGGUAACGAAAGAUUCAAGUGGAAAGGAAGAUAUUUUGUAGAAACACCUUCUAUGGCUGCGCAGAAGAUUUUCUUCUCCGACAUGACGUACCACGACAAAUCCCCAGCAGAAAUUCGUAUAUCUUGGGAAAACAAGAAUUUGACAUCGAACAUAAACGCAAACAUAAGAAUAUCAUUGUGGGGUUACAGAGAGACCCUUGUAUCACCACAGUUCGUAUACAUAACAGAGUUGGCUUCGAAUGUUCAGAAUACUGGGGAAUACGUUAUUGUCCCAUCUCAGUAUAGGUUGAAUGACAACAGAUUCCAGCAAGACAUAACGGUCGGAUUUAUUCAGAUUAACUUGACUGAUUCAGUACCUGUAGGAAAUACUAGUGUCAAAGUAACACCCCUAAUAUGGAGUAGGCCGAUUCCACUAGCCUGGUACUUCGGUCCACAAUGGCAGAGGAUGUAUGGAGACAAUUGGCCGAUGGUGCUGUGUGACAACUGGAUCAAAGAUGAUAGAUACCUGAGUAAUUUCGCACAUGAACUUCCCCAAUGUCCAUGCACCUUACAACAGGCGUUGGUUGAUAAGGGGAGAUACAUGCCAGAUUUUGAUUGCGAUAGAGAUUCAAACCCCUUGUGUUACUAUCAGGAGAAUGCCCUACACUGUGUUCGCUCAGGAUUACCAACAAAUGAGGGAGGCGAACAGCAGUGCUGCUACGACAAAAAUAACUUCCUGAUGCUGUCUUACGACCAGAUAGGUGGUUCCAAUCCCAGGCGAUCCCAUAAUCUCGGCUUGAAUCCUUACACGGAAUCAACGAAAGUUCCUGCUCUCUCUCAGUGGUACCAUGACAUGAUCCCCAAAUUCGCCUGUUGUCGCUGGCAAGACAACCAAGCCGUAGGUUGCGAAACGUUCAGAUUCGAAAGAAGGCCAACCCAAGACUGCACAGCCUACCAAGGUCCUGCUGUUGCCGGGGUAUACGGCGAUCCCCACGUCAUUACUUUCGAUGGGCUAGAGUACACUUUCAACGGAAAAGGGCAGUUUGUUCUUGUCAAGACUAACGUUGCGUCACAAAGGUUGGAAGUUCAGGCAAGAUUCGAACAGAUGCCUCCAAAUCAAUUUAAAGAGGUGAUGGCAACACAGCUUACCUCUAUAGCUGUUAGAGGUAACUCGUCCACAAUCAUUGAAGUGAGAAUAAGACCGAAAGAAGCCAGAUGGAGAUAUAGGUUAGAUGUUAUUGCCAACAAGGAGAAGAGGCUUUUCUUCGAUAGGCCUUCGUUGAAGUUCCAACAUUUUCCAGGUUUAACAGUCUAUACACCAACAUACAAUUUGAAUCAAUCAGAAGUGAUCAUCAUGCUCGAUUCAGGAGCUGGUGUUGAAGUGGUGGAAAGCUUGGGUUUCAUGAGCGCAAGAGUUUUCCUCCCUUGGACAUUUAUAAACAAAACUUUGGGACUAUUCGGUAACUGGAGUUUCGAUAUGACCGAUGAUUUUACUGUACCAGAUGGAACAAGAAAACCUAUAGUCACCAACAUAAACGAUAUGCAGAGUGUCUAUGAUAACUUCGGCAAACUGUGGAUGAUAGACGAUUCUGAAGAUAUGAAAAGAGGACAAUCCCUCUUCAUCAACGAGUUCGGACGAACAGCUGCAUAUUACAAUGACCUCGAUUUCACACCUGAAUUCAGUAUGAACAUCAAAGAUAUCUUACCGUCGAACAUAUCCACCUACUACAUCGACCAAGCCUAUCAGGCUUGCUCGAACAAGGACUACCAAUGUUUGUACGACUACGCAAUGACUCUGAAUAAGGAUUGCGCAUUCUACACCACUAUUUUCAAAUCCGGAUUGAAAGCUAUAAGGGAGGCCAGCAGUCAACGGACCAUUUCCUGCGGAGUUCUAGAAACUCCAAGGUUUGGUUGGAAGUCCAAUUUCUUUUUCACCCCUGGCAGUAAGGUGAGCUUCGAGUGUGCUCAAGAUUUCGUCCUUAACGGGGAUCCAAGAAGAGAAUGCAUGAAGAAUGGGGAAUGGAAUCUUCCUGAAUAUGGAUUCACAGAAUGUUUGCGUGCUGAAGAAUACUCAUUGCGACAUGCUGCGGUGACAGCUGGACUGAUCCUCCUUGUCAUUUUACCUUUAGUGUGUUGUGUGCUAUUCGCAGUGAGAAAAUAUUACCAUAACUAUUACGAAAAGCCUUAUCCAGAACUUGGUCCGAAAAAUCUUUCUUUGGUUAGAGCUAAGAGUCGUUCUAAAUUGAGUCUUGCCAGUAUCGGAAGUCCGACUAAAGAUGGUGAUUUUUCACCAGUGUCAAGUCCUGUCUCUUCCGGUUCGACCGGAACACUUAAUUCGAAAAAACGACGGUCAUACGAUAAAGUAUAUCGAACACAUGAACCGUUACCUGGUAGACCAGAUAUCGAAUUCGAAAAUAAACCUUUCGAUCUGGAUGAAAAUAUGAUGGAUAGUCCGAGGUUCACACGUGAUGGCUAUGUCUUCGAUUCUGAUGGCUAUGCUCAGAUUGAGAAAACAAGACCACCUACAACAAGUACCAUAGUCUCAGAUGUCUGAAAAAACAUUUCAUUUAUACUUAUGAUUUUUCCGAACCAUUCUAACAUGUUCAAGGGUGACCAAUUAGGACAACUUCUGAGUUCUCUCUAGUAAUCUUUAUAGAAAAUGGGGUUCUUAUAUUUUGAUAUGGAUACCUACAUACUUGUUAUACGAAAUUUUAAGAUAAUUUUGGCAUACCAGUGUAAUGCU